AAUGACUACCUCUUUUUCAAAAGGAAUGGGAAUGAAACAUUGGCUUCUUUGUACUUGAUUAGUACAUACAUUGGCGUGACGGUAGAGUUUAAAAAGGCUUGUCUAGGAGAGGUUGCGACGUUAAAAAGCUCUGUUUGUUUUUUCUCAUCCAUAAUGUAUUUUCUUUCAUGGAAACCUUGGAGGGAACGGAAAGUCCCGUUUAAGUGUAGCGAAAAAUGGGUAAUAAGCAAUCCACGAUACAAAAAGUGUAUGAAGCUGCUCGUGAUGGUUCUUCUGAUCUGACUAAUCAUUUAAAGCGGCUUAACACUGAAGAAAGGAAAACUGCUCUCGAUUCCAAGACCAAAGAUGGCGACGAGAAUACAACUCCCCUCAUAAUUGCUUCUCGAAAUGGAAACCUAGACUCUGUAAAGAUUCUUUUGAGUUUCAAAGCAGAUGUUGAAGAACGAGGAACUGUGAAAGUUAACACCGACGAAGCCGUUGAAGGUUGCUCUCCUUUGUGGGCCGCUGCUGCUACUGGUCAUCUAGAUAUUGUGAAAUUGUUAAUCGAUCACAAGGCGGACGUAGACGGCAGAAAUGCAACAAAUUCGACUCCUUUGCAGGCUGCUGCUUGCAAUGGAAAUCUUGAUAUUGUUAGUUGUUUGGCUAAGAACGGAGCUAAUGUAAAUGCAAGAGAUGAAUUUGAGAGUACUCCUCUGAUGAUAACAUGUUACAAUGGUCACAUGGAUGUUGCUUCCUAUCUAAUCGAACAUGGCGCAAAUCACCAUUUGCAAGACAAGACUGGAGACACAUGUCUUCACUAUGCUGCAGAAAAAGGUCACACCGAAGUUGUCGGUAGGCUUCUUUCUCUUGGAGUAAAAGAGAGGCAAAAUAAGAAACGUUUGACCCCACUACUAGCAGCCAGUAAUGAAAGCAAAUAUGAAAUGGUCGAGUAUUACAUCAAUCGACCCGAAUGUACCAAGGAACAAAAAAUUAACGCUCUCGAACUUCUUGGUUCCUCUAUUGCAAAUGAUCCUGAUUCUUAUGACGUCGAAGAAGCAUUCAGUUGUAUGAAGCGUGCAAUGGAAGAGAGGUAUCAGGACCCGUCAUGUCCAUUGCUUAAAAAGAACAUAAAACCUGUGGAAGAUUAUGAAAAUAGAACAGAGAGUCAAACUCUUGAGGAACUUUCUCUGUUAAAAGAUGAUAACCAUGCUAUCCACAUGGAGGGUCUCAUGAUCAAGGAGAGACUCCUUGGAAUUGACUCUGCAGCACUUCUGAAGGAUAUCAGAUCCUAUGGGACUGUUCUAGCUGACUCUGAGCAUUACGAACCUUGUAUUGGUCUGUAUAAGCGAUCGAUGGAAAUAGCCAUGAACUGUGAUGAACCUAUUACGUACGAGCUUCAAAUGUUACCAUGGCUAUUUAUAUUGACGGCCCUGGAACAACGGUGCUCAAAUGGAAAACACAUUAAGGCAGUAUUCAAAAAACUGACAGAAAAACUAGAGACUGGGAAAUUACAAGAGGGGCAAGAAAAUGAGGAAAACGAAAAAAUGCUUUACUGUUUUCUAAAUCUUCUACUGAUAUACACCAAAUUUGAAGUUUUAGAGGAUAACGAGGAUGAAAUGGAAGAAAUAAUCAACUAUGUUCAAAGAAUUCUGCGUUUAGACAUUCGUAACCGCGAUGGAAAUACAUUACUGCAUCUAGCGGCAUUUGAUGCAAAAACUACGGGAAUUGUGUGCAAGCCUCCCUGCGUUAAAACCACAAAGCUAAUUUUACAUGCAGGGUGUGAUGUGAAUACCGUAAACUUUGAAGGAGAAACUCCUCUUCAUUUGGCUGUGACUUUUACGCCGGGGGAUAAACAGGUGGAGACUUUGAAACAAAUACUGGAAAUAUUGCUCGAUAUCGGUGCAGAUACAAAGCUUGUAAAUAACAAAGGUCAAACACCACUGGAAUGCUGUGAGAGCGACGUGGCUCGAAGGAUCCUGUCAGAGACAAGAGCAGUGGGUGCCAUGGACGUCGUUACCAGAGAUGUAAGAAAGUUUUAA